GUUUCGUAAUUAUUCGUUGCCAAAAAGCCCAUACGCCAAAUUACAGAACGUACAAUUUUCGUCAGUCGGAUCGCUCCCCCCCUAGGUCGGGAAAUCGACAGGUAUUGCGGCCUGAGCUGAGACUUGGUGUCACCGGCCGCUAUCUACACGCAGCAACAAUGUGGUCAGAUAAACACCAACCCGGCCCACCGCUACAAUCGGGGCCGAGCCCGCCGCGAGCCUGGACAGAGCGCUUGUUCCACAUGCUGCCAGAUUACGCUGGCCCAUACAGCGUCGGGGUCAUGGAGAUAGAGGUGCCGGCCCGUGAGCCGCGGGUCUUCUCACGCAUCAAACGCAACCAUAAGUAUGCCCUGCGCAUGGACACCGUCCUCUUCUCCGUAUACUACCCUUGCGACCCCCCCUCGCCCGACGCACCCAGCCAGAGGAGGCAGAGACCCAGAGCCACGUGGCUGCCGAGACCGCGCGCCAUGACCAGUAAAGGAUAUGCAAAGUUCUUCAACAUCCCGCAUCUGCCUGUGACGGCAUAUAUUGCGGCCACCACCAUGUACACUAAACUUCCCGCUUUCCGGAACGCCAAGCUCGCCGGCCGUCACGCCGCCGCUACGCCGCGCGCUUCUGGCAGCGCUGACAGCCAAGACACCGCGUUGGAGAGCGGGGAUGACCAACCCCGGUUUCCCGUCAUUCUCUUCAGCCAUGGGUUGGGAGGUUCGCGGACAUCCUAUAGCGCGGUGUGCGGCGAGCUAGCCAGCAACGGCAUCGUCGUCGUUGCGGUGGAACAUCGAGAUGGCAGCGGCGCGCGAUCCUACGUCAAUAUUCCGCCAGGCGCCAAGCUGGCAGCAAGUAUGGACAGCGACAGGACGGGUUCGAACCGCUACUACAAGGUUGAUUACAUAUUCCCUCGAGGUAACGCUCAGGACACAUCGCCUAAUAACGUCAGGGGCGUGGAUACAGAACUCAGAAAUGCCCAGAUUGAAAUGCGCAUGUCCGAGAUCGAAGAGGCCUAUCAUGUUCUAGGGCUGCUCAACAGCGGGCAGGGGGCUUCGGUGUACAGCAGCAAUUUGAGGAAGAAGGGCAACGCAGGGUCAAGCUCCCAAGGUUUGGAGGGAGUCGCUUGGUCCAGUUGGGAAGGGAGGCUCCUGUUGCGGCGGGGUGUUACUGCGAUGGGACAUUCAUUCGGCGGAGUAACGACAGUCGAGAUUGUUCGCGAGAGUGACCGGUUCCCAUACAUCGGCCAGGGCAUCCUGCUGGAUGUGUGGGGGCCGGCAACCCCGAAAGUAGGAGAACUAACCCAUCAGUCGUUGCGGAAACCACUCCUCGCUGUUAAUUCCGAGGCAUUCAUGUAUUGGGCAGAGAACUUCGAGAGACUCGGCGAUAUCGCUAGCGAGGCGAAAAGCGGGGGCGCUGCCUGCUGGAUGAUGACCGUAAAAGGGUCAACCCACCUUUCCCAAACCGACUUUGCGGUCCUUUACCCUCGCUGGGUGUCGCUGUUUAUGAAAACUCUCGUUAACCCGAGACGAGCUGUAUAUCUAACCGUAAAUGCGUCCUUGGAAUUCCUGAACCGGAUUUUACCCCCCGAGUUCACCGUACGAUGCGGCUGGGCUGACGAAGGGAUCUUGCGCACAAAAACACUGCUAGUAAACGAGCUGCCGCGCGAACACCGACCUGAAGAUAAAUGGAUGGCUAGCCGUCUUCGGAUACCCCAUGAACUGCGGCUCCGUGUGGCCAGUUGGUGUCGAUGGGGGCGUAGAGCUUCGAUAGUACCGACUGAUGUAAAGGGUAGGCGAUUAGAGGGCCUGGUAACCCACGCCCCUGGGAGCGAGAUUUGGAUGCACUAUGGCCCGAGUCAGGGGUGAAUGUACCUAGCACAUGUUAAUCCAGAUAAAGGAGGGU